AUGGGUGACUGGAGCUUUUUGGGCAACAUCCUCGAGGAAGUAAACGAGCAUUCGACGGUAAUCGGUAGGGUGUGGCUCACGGUCCUCUUCAUCUUCCGAAUCCUCAUCCUGGGCACGGCCGCGGAGUUCGUGUGGGGCGACGAGCAAUCGGAUUACGUGUGCAACACGCAGCAGCCGGGUUGCGAGAACGUUUGCUACGACGAGGCCUUCCCCAUCUCGCACAUUCGCCUGUGGGUGCUCCAGAUCAUCUUCGUUUCCACGCCUUCCUUAGUGUAUGUGGGCCACGCCGUCCACCAUGUCCACAUGGAGGAGAAGCGCAAGGAGCGAGAGGAGGCUGAGCUCAACAGGCAGCAAGAGAUGAACGAGGAGAGGCUGCCUAUCGCGCCCGAUCAGGGAAGCGUCCGUACGGCCAAAGAGACGAGCACAAAGGGCAGCAAGAAGUUCCGUCUCGAGGGCACUCUGUUGAGGACCUAUAUCUGCCACAUUAUCUUCAAGACUCUCUUUGAGGUAGGCUUCGUGGUGGGCCAGUACUACUUGUACGGCUUCCGAAUCCUGCCGCUCUACAAGUGCAGCCGCUGGCCGUGCCCGAACACGGUCGACUGCUUUGUCUCGAGGCCUACCGAGAAAACUGUGUUCAUCAUCUUCAUGUUAGCCGUGGCCUGCGUCUCGCUUUUCCUCAACUUUGUCGAAAUCAGCCAUUUGGGCCUGAAAAAGAUCCACUUUGUGUUUCGUAAGCCGGUGAGGCCGCAAGUUGAGGGACCAGGGGCUUCCGAGAAGGCCUUGCCUUCCAUAGCGUCCUCCUCCAUCCAGAAAGCCAAAGGCUACAAGCUGCUGGAGGAGGACAAAGCCACGUCGCACUUCUUCCCCCUGACUGAGGUAGGGGGCAUGGAAGCUGGCCGGCUUCCGGCUCUGUAUGAGCCGUUCGAGGAGAAAACGGAUGAGGCGAGCGCACCUAAGAAAGACGUGUCUAAGGUGUACGACGAAACGCUGCCCUCCUAUGCCCAGACGACCGUGAUAGGGCCGAGCGCGGUGGCGGGAGUUGUACGCAGGGACGAAGACGAGGACGAGUUGGCCAUCGAAGCAGAUGUGGAAGCCAGCGAGACGAUAGAAGACACGCGACCGCUCAGCAGCCUGAGCAAAGCCAGCAGCCGGGCAAGGUCAGAUGACUUGACGGUAUAA